AGCCACUUACCUGUCCCGUGAUGUGUCCCCCGCAGCCCAUUUCACCUGCCGUCCUGGAUUCCUGGAGGCCAGCAUCUUCAGUGUGGGCACCCGGCUGUGACUGCUUACGGCUUCACAGCCGGGUACCCACUGCGCAUGUGCGAGUAGCACUGCUCUUCAUGAAUGGUCCUGUAGUCUUCUGGGACCUGUCACGUGUCCCAGAAGACUACGGGGAGGGAAGGAGGGAGAGCACCUUCUGUUUCCGAUUGCCUAGGUGGUCCGACCGCAAUUGGGAGCUGGUACCUGUCAAAUUUGGGUACCCGCCACCCAAAGGUGCCAGUCCUUAAUGGGGAGUGGGGAAACAGUCCUUAAAGCGGAACUUCCCCUUUUGGGUGGAGCUACGCUUUAA